ACAAGUUCUCCCAAAUAAAAGACUGCAUCUCUCUCUCCUAGACUGCACCUAUUUUUUUCUCUCUUCCCCCGUUCAGUCAACUUCAAACGCCAUGACCACCUUUGGUACAGCUACAGCUCUCUCUCUACCUAUAUCGCUCUGUAGAUCCACUAAACUCAACACUAAGAAGGGUAUUAAAGGAGGGUUUGGUGUGUUUGCUAUAUUUGGAGAGGAAGGAGGAUUGGUGGAGAAGAAGAACGCUUGGGGUGCGCUGUUUGAAGUCGAGGAUCCCAGGCCUAGAGUUCCUCGGUGUAAGGGCAAGUUCUUGGAUAUGAAUCAAGCUCUUGAAGUGGCUAGGUUUGAUAUUCAGUAUUGUGAUUGGCGAGCUCGGCAAGAUCUUCUUACUAUCAUGCUCCUUCAUGAAAAGGUAGUGGAAGUUCUGAAUCCCUUGGCAAGGGAUUACAAGUCCAUAGGCACCAUGAAGAAGGAGCUUGCAGAGCUGCAAGAAGAUCUGGCACAGGCUCACAAACAGGUUCACAUAUCUGAAGCUAGGGUUGGUGCUGCACUUGAUAAGCUAGCAUACAUGGAAGAACUGGUGAAUGAUAGGUUGUUACAGGACAGGAGUACAACUGAAUCUGACAGAAGUUCCUUUACUCCUAGCACUUCUUCCUCAUCAUCGCUUGUCACUGUGAAAAGCCCGCGAAAGAGCUUGAAUGUAUCAGGUCCUGUUCAGCCAUAUCAUCCAUGCUUGAAAAAUUUCUGGUACCCGGUGGCCUUCUCCACUGAUCUGAAAGAUGACACCAUGAUUCCUAUAGAUUGCUUUGAGGAGCCAUGGGUAGUAUUUCGGGGGAUAGACGGGAAGCCCGGUUGUGUUCAGAAUACCUGUGCUCAUAGAGCUUGUCCACUUCAUCUUGGCUCGGUCAAUGAGGGCCGCAUCCAAUGCCCCUACCAUGGAUGGGAAUACUCAACGGACGGAAAAUGUGAGAAAAUGCCAUCAACUCGGUUACUUAAUGUGAAGAUAAGAUCAUUACCUUGCUUUGAGAAAGGAGGGAUGAUCUGGAUUUGGCCUGGCAGUGAUCCUCCAACAGCCAAUAUCCCUUCUCUGGAACCUCCUCCUGGAUUUCAAAUCCAUGCAGAGAUUGUCAUGGAAUUGCCAGUGGAACAUGGGCUACUUCUGGAUAACCUCCUGGAUCUUGCCCAUGCCCCUUUCACUCAUACUUCUACCUUUGCCAAAGGAUGGAGUGUGCCCAGCUUGGUGAAAUUCUUGACUCCUGCAUCCGGCCUUCAAGGGUACUGGGACCCAUACCCAAUCGAUAUGGAGUUCCGCCCACCAUGUAUGGUGCUUUCAACAAUUGGUAUCUCAAAACCCGGAAAACUAGAGGGGCAAAAUACCCAGCAAUGUUCAACACAUCUUCACCAGCUUCAUGUGUGCUUGCCUUCAUCAAGACAGAAAACCAGACUAUUGUACAGAAUGUCUCUGGAUUUUGCUCCUAUGCUGAAGCAAGUCCCAUUUGUGCAUCUCUUGUGGAGAUAUUUUGCUGAGAAGGUCUUGAAUGAGGAUCUGAGGCUGGUGGUUGGUCAGCAGGACCGCAUGAUCAAUGGAGCAAAUGUCUGGAACUGGCCUGUGUCCUAUGAUAAGCUGGGAGUAAGGUACCGGCUAUGGAGAGAGGCUGUGGAACGAGGAGCUAAAACUUUGACCUUCAGCAGAACCAAGUAGAUUAUCAGCCAAGGAAUGGAUUCUAACCCCUUACUAGUUCUCAACUCGAAACUGACCAUUUACCAAGAUACAGAGAAUCCAUGCCCAAUACCUCUGCUGAAUUGUCGAGUUUCGCAUCCCUCUCUCAUUUUUCAGAGGUGUCCGAGAGAGACUAAGGAAACUAUUGAUGGAUCAGAGGCAUAGAAAAGAUGAUCUCUAUGUAGAAGUGCAUUCUAAUGAAA